AUGUCCCUGCCCCAGCUGGCCCACCGCUCCACCUCUUCAGUAGUCGAGGCCCUUUGCUGCAGGAGCGUGACCACGUUAAACGGCGUCCAGCAGAUGAAAAACGGCAGCACGAUGAGAAAGAUCAGCCUCAGAGUCUUGAACUUGGUCACGAUGUUUGAGGAGAGCACGGUGCAGACAGGAGCAGAGGGAAGAGGAAGAAGAGAAGCAGCUGGACGUAGAAACCCAGCGCCUUCAGAGCUGGCGUCUCCUUCACCGCGUCCGUCUGGCAGCGGGUGCGCUCAUCUGCGGCAGGUAAAGAAGCGACUGCACGAUCAUGGGUUUGAUGCAGGCCAGAGCACUGACCACCCACACGGCCGCACAGGAGACCAGCGCGUAGGUCCUGCACCUCAGACGCGCCGCCGUGACAGAAUAGACUACGGCCAGGUGUCGAUCGAAGGUCAUCAGGGUCAGAAAGAGCACGGAGCUGAAGAAACCCAAGAAGUAGAGGCUGCUAACUAUCUUGCACAUGGGGCCUCCGAAGGGCCCGUCCUGGAAGAACUCGUACACGGCCACGAAGGGGACGCUGCUGAUGAAGAGCAGAGAGGACAGGACCAGGUUCAGCAGCAGCAGGUUGGUCACUGUGGUCAGCUUCUCGAACCAGGUCCCUCACACAGCCUGGCCGGGAAAAAGGCCUCUAUCCUGCACACGCAGAUAUUCUACAAACAAAUACUUUCUAAACACUUUUAA